GCGACAUCGGGGAACAAAAAUAAAGAACAACAGCAGCAGGAGCAGCAGCAGGCUUGCACUGUAUCCGUGCGGUUGCGUGUGUGUGCGCGCAUUCAUUGGCGAGCAGCGCAUCUGGUGCCCAGAUCAUAAUGUUUGGUCCAGAUUGUUAGCAACAGCAGCGGCAGCGGCAGCGCCAACUGCAGGACGGGCUGUAGGUGCCGCGCCCUGACUCAGGUCUCCGGCUCAAACAUCCUAUAGCAGAGCUGCUAUAGGAUCUUUGCUCCGGCUCGUCCUGUCCCGGGAGCGCGCAUCUCGCUGGCAGCGCGCGUGUCCGCGUCCACGUGCACGCGCCCCGCGCGCUCCUGCGUCCGGUCGCGCGCCUCCCGGGGCGGGGUGGUGCAGAGCGGAGACUCGCUCUCGUCCAAGUCACUCAUUCAGGCAGACAGACAGAGCGGUUUCCUGUGUUUGUGUGGCUCAGGCGAGGGUGAGCUGGGAGAAGCAGCAGCUGUUGCCACCUGAACAUGGUCUAAAGAAGAGGAGAGAACUUCCCGGCAGCUCGCAUCCACGCCUAGAUGCACGGAUCAUACCCGACCGGAGAGUAAAGAGGGAAGAAAAUCCGCAAAUUUAACGAAGAUGGCGAACGACUCUCCAGCUAAAAGUCUGGUGGAGAUAGAUCUCGCCUCUUUACGGGACCCAGCCGGCAUAUUUGAAUUGGUCGAAGUGGUCGGAAAUGGCACAUACGGACAAGUGUACAAGGGUCGCCAUGUCAAAACAGGCCAGCUGGCAGCCAUUAAAGUUAUGGAUGUUACGGAGGAUGAAGAGGAAGAAAUCAAACUGGAGAUCAAUAUGUUGAAAAAGUAUUCUCACCACAGGAAUAUAGCAACUUACUAUGGUGCUUUUAUAAAGAAGAGUCUGCCUGGACACGAUGAUCAACUCUGGCUUGUAAUGGAGUUCUGUGGUGCAGGAUCCAUUACCGACUUGGUAAAAAACACAAAAGGAAAUUCCCUGAAGGAAGACUGGAUUGCAUACAUCUGCAGAGAGAUCAUUCGGGGAUUGUCACAUCUUCAUGUCCAUCAUGUUAUUCAUCGUGACAUCAAAGGCCAGAAUGUAUUGCUUACAGAAAAUGCUGAAGUGAAGCUGGUUGAUUUUGGUGUUAGUGCACAAUUGGACAGAACUGUUGGUCGAAGGAACACCUUCAUUGGAACACCCUACUGGAUGGCACCAGAGGUCAUUGCUUGUGAUGAGAAUCCAGAUGCCACAUAUGAUUACAGAAGUGACUUGUGGUCAUUAGGGAUCACGGCUAUUGAAAUGGCAGAAGGAGCACCUCCUCUGUGCGAUAUGCACCCAAUGAGAGCACUCUUCCUCAUUCCCAGGAAUCCACCCCCACGUUUGAAGUCCAAGAAAUGGUCAAAAAAGUUUUUUAGCUUUAUUGAAAGCUGUUUAGUGAAGAAUUACGUGCUGCGACCUUCAACUGAACACCUGUUAAAACAUCCAUUUAUCCGUGAUCAGCCCAAUGAACGGCAAGUUCGGAUACAGCUGAAGGAUCACAUUGACAGGACAAGGAAGAAGAGAGGUGAAAAAGAUGAAACUGAAUAUGAAUACAGUGGAAGUGAAGAAGAAGAAGAGGAAUUGCCUGAGCAAGAAGGAGAGCCAAGUUCAAUUGUAAAUGUGCCUGGAGAAUCGACUCUUCGUCGUGACUUCCUGAGAUUGCAACAGGAGAACAAGGAGCGUUCUGAGGCAAUGCGCAGGCAACAACAUCUUCAAGAACAGCAGCUCCGGGAACAGGAAGAAUAUAAAAGACAGCUCCUUGCAGAGCGCCAAAAACGAAUCGAGCAACAGAAAGAACAAAGGCGAAGGCUUGAAGAGCAACAGAGAAGGGAACGAGAAUCACGAAGGCAACAGGAGCGUGAACAAAGGCGGAGAGAGCAAGAGGAAAAGCGAAGACUAGAUGAAUUGGAACGUCGGAAAAAGGAGGAGGAGGAAAGAAGAAGGGCAGAAGAAGAAAAGAGGCGAGUGGAGAGAGAACAGGAAUAUAUCAGACGUCAGCUGGAAGAGGAGCAACGUCAUUUGGAGAUUCUGCAGCAGCAAUUGCUCCAAGAGCAGGCCAUGCUAUUGGAAUACAAAUGGCGGGAGAUGGAGGAACAGCGACAAGCUGAGAGAUUGCAGCGCCAGUUACAGCAAGAGCAAGCUUACCUUCUGUUGCUCCAACAUGACCACAGACAGCAGGAAAGGAUUAAACCCUACCAUGCUCUUGAAUCUAAGCCUCAUUUUGAAGCAACAGAUAGGAGUAGGGAGGUUGAUGAAAGAUUUAAGAAGAAUAACCAAGGCUCACCUCAAGCACAAUCAAAACAGAAUAGCAAAAUUUUGGAACCCCCAGUGCCUUCAAGAUCAGAAUCAUUUUCAAACGGAAGUUUUGAAUCUAAUCCCGUUGCAUUACACCGGCCCAUGGAGUCACAGGUUCCAGUGAGACCAACGCCUCGAUCCCCUGUGUUGUCUCGUCGGGAUUCUCCAUUGCAAGCCAAUAGUCAGUCAAGUGGCCAGAGUGGUCCAAAAACUUCCACAAGCAACAUAGAGCCCAGACUGUUGUGGGAGAGGGUAGAGAAACUCGUGCCAAGACCAGGCAGUGGCAGCUCCUCGGGCUCCAGUAACUCCGGCUCACAGCCAGGAUCUCAUCCCGGCUCCCAAACUGGAUCUGGUGAACGUUACAGGCUACGAUCUUCAUCAAAAUCUGAGGGUUCACCAUCUCAACGUCAUGAAAAUGUGAAUAGAAAGCAAGAAGAUAAAAAAGAUUUAGGGCCAAGCCGACCAGCUUUUCAGGAUCUUGCUGCCUUAGCGAAAGAGCUUCGAGCUGUCGAUGAUGUCCGGCCUCCUCAGAAAGUUACUGAUUAUUCUUCGUCGAGUGAUGAAUCAGGAACUACCGAUGAAGAAGAUGAGGACCUGGACCAAGAAGGAACUGAUGAAACGGAACCCAUGUCGGAUGAUGCUAGGGCAGUGUCGUCAAAGCUGAGCAAUGGAGAAACUGAAUCAGUGAAUACAAUGAUAGUUCGUGAUGAUCUGGAGCUGUUGACUGAAACUUCUGUUACUCCCUCUAAAGAUGGCACUUUAAUAGUUCGACAGAGCGCAGGUGACUUAAAGCGUGCCAGCCACCAUGAGAGUAAUGGCUUUGCAUCCCGCAUUCACCUCUUGCCAGAUCUCAUACAGCAAAGCCAUUCCUCCACCUCCCCAACCAGCCAGCAGUCUCCUAUCAUGUCCCCUCAGCUGCCCCUGGACGAGCUUACUACUAAUGAGACCCAGUCAGCAGGAAACACACUUCAGAAACACAAGUCUUCCUCAUCUUUCACGCCAUUUAUAGAUCCCAGGUUAUUGCAAAUAUCCCCAUCAAGUGGGACCACUAUAUCAUCUAUGGUUGUUUUUUCAAAUGACCAGAUUAGACCAGAAUCGAUGAGGCAGGAUCCCAGUAGAAAAGGCUCAGUGGUCAACGUAAAUCCAACCAAUAUAAGGCCUCAGAGUGAUACACCAGAAAUCCGCAAGUACAAGAAGAGAUUCAACUCAGAGAUUCUUUGUGCUGCCUUAUGGGGUGUAAAUUUAUUAGUGGGUACCGAGAGUGGGCUGAUGCUGCUGGACAGAAGCGGUCAAGGAAAGGUGUAUCCUCUAAUUAAUCGGAGGCGGUUUCAGCAGAUGGACGUGCUUGAAGGCCUGAAUGUGCUGGUAACAAUAUCAGGGAAGAAAAACAAAUUACGAGUAUAUUACCUGUCUUGGUUAAGAAACAAAAUAUUGCAUAACGAUCCCGAAGUAGAGAAAAAGCAAGGCUGGACAACAGUCGGUGAUUUAGAAGGAUGUGUACAUUAUAAAGUUGUAAAGUAUGAAAGGAUCAAGUUUUUAGUGAUUGCUUUGAAGAAUUCUGUUGAAGUCUAUGCAUGGGCACCAAAGCCAUACCACAAAUUUAUGGCCUUUAAGUCUUUCACAGACCUGUUACACAGGCCAUUAUUAGUAGACCUCACUGUGGAAGAAGGACAGAGGUUGAAAGUGAUCUAUGGCUCCAGCGCUGGCUAUCAUGCAGUUGACGUGGACUCUGGGACAGUCUAUGAUAUUUACCUGCCAACACAUAUCCAAAACUGCAUCCAACCACAUGCAAUUAUUAUACUUCCAAAUACAGAUGGAAUGGAAUUGUUGGUAUGUUAUGAAGAUGAAGGAGUCUAUGUAAACACCUACGGGAGAAUUACUAAAGAUGUGGUUUUACAGUGGGGAGAGAUGCCUACAUCAAUCGCUUACAUCCGAUCCAAUCAGAUUAUGGGUUGGGGAGAAAAGGCCAUUGAGAUCCGGUCAGUGGAAACUGGACAUUUGGAUGGUGUAUUUAUGCAUAAAAGAGCACAACGACUAAAAUUUCUUUGUGAGAGAAACGACAAGGUCUUUUUUGCUUCAGUUCGUUCUGGUGGAAGCAGCCAGGUUUACUUCAUGACUCUUGGUCGGAGUUCACUUCUCAGCUGGUAGAAAAGCAAGUCAUAGUUUGAGAGAAGCCAGUGUCUACUCAAGAUCUUUAAAGCCUUGAAUGAACUAACAACUGGAGGAAAAAAAACUGCACUGAUGUAAUGCAUUGCCCAAACCUAUCACGGACAUUAAAGUGAACUGAAACAAGGAUGCAAUGCUACUGGUGCUGUGAUAAUUUUACUGUCAGGUGACCGCCAGUCUAGAAUAGAAAAGAAACACCUCAUCUCAGUUACAACAUCCCUUGGCUUAAGAUGUCUGCUUUUUAAUUCAGAAAAGAGUCCAAUGAAUGCAAGAGGUUUGUUCCAAUGUAGUCAGGCAAAGGGGAAGUGGAAACUGGUUGAUAGACAAUAAAGAAUUGUGUAUCACGGAUAAGGGGAAGCUGAAUUUUUUUCAAUGUAUAUCAUUCUAAGCAACUUUUUCCGUAAGGUGACAUGUUUUAGAAAGAAAAUGCAAGUUUGAAAUUUUAAUUGAAAUGUGAAUGACAGAUUGGGAGGAGGUCUUUGCAAGGGAAAGAUGUUUUUACUCUUUUUCUGUAUAUCAGGUUUUGCUUGUGUUCGCAAUCUUUUUAAAAAAAAAAGUAAAUUGAAAUUCGUGCAAAGGACGAGGUUUGCACGGAUUUAUGGGGAGACCAGAAACUUGAUGUUUGGUUACAGUAUUAAAACUGCCUCUCCGUGGUUAGACUAUUUGUAGUAGUGCAAAAGCAGUUUAACAAAUCUUGCACUCAUAAAUUGCCCAAACUACUUUAAAACAUUUAUUUUGCCUACCUCAUAUGUUUAAGAAAGGAUAAAGAGGUGGUUUAGUCAUUUUAAUGUUAUUUGUAUCUGAAACUUGCAUCAUUGUCUAAUUUAAAGUUUAUUAAUACCAAAUUUAGGAUAAAACGUUUGUCAACUGUUGGUCAAAUUGUAGCUCGUUUUAGUAGGCAAACAGUGUGAUUUUUUUGUAAUUGGAAGAUACCAGCUGUGAGCAGAAACAGACAAAUUUAUGGUCAGCUUUGUGCGUGUGAACAUAAGAUGGAGGCAAGUAAUCAUCUGAUCUACAGUGCCCUCCAUAAUGUUUAGAACAAAGACCCAUCAUUUAUUUAUUUGCCUCUGUACUCCAACAUUUGAGAUUUGUAAUAGAAAAAAAUCACAUGUGGUUAAAGUGCACAUUGCCAUAUUUUAAUAAAGGUUAUUGCUAUACAUUUUGGUUUCACCAUGUAUAAAUUACAGCUGUGUUUAUACAUAGUCCCCCCCCCCCCCCCCCCCCCCCCCCCCCAUUUCAGGGCACCAUAAUGUUGGGGACACAGCAAUGUCAUGUAAAUGAAAGUAGUCAUGUUUAGUAUUUUGUUGCAUAUCUUUUGCAUGCAAUGACUGCUUGAAGUCUGCAAUUCAUGGACAUCACCAGUUGCUGGGUGUCUUCUCUGAUGAUGCUCUGCCAGGCCUGUUUUGCAGCCAUCUUUAGCUUAUGCUUGUUUUGGGGGCUAGUCCCCUUCAGUUUUCUCUUCAUCAUAUAAAAGGCAUGCUCAAUUGGGUUCAGAUCGGGUGAUUGACGUGGCCAGUUAAGAAUUUACCAUUUUUUAGCUUUGAAAACCUUUGUUGCUUUAGCAGUAUGUUUGGGAUCAUUGUCUUGCUGUAGAAUGAACCGCCGGCCAAUGAGUUUUGAGGCAUUUGUUUGAACUUGAGCAGAUAGGAUGUGUCUAUACACUUCAGAAUUCAUUAUGCUACCUCCAUCAGCAGAUGUAUCACCAAUGAUAAGUGAGCCAGUACCUUCAGCAGUCAUACAUGCGCAGGCCCUAACACCCCCACCACCGUGUUUCACAAAUUAGGUGGUGUGCUUUGGAUCUUGGGCAGUUCCUUCUCUCCUCCAUAAUUUGAUCUUGCUAUCACUCUGAUAUUAGUUAAUCUUCAUCUCAUCUGUCCACAAAACCUUUAUCCAGAACUGUGGUUCUUGACAAACUGUAACCCGCCAUGCUAUUUUUGUGGCUAACCAAUAGUUUGCAACUUGCAGUGUAGCCUCUGUAUUUCUGUUCAUGAAGUCUUCUGUGGUCAGUGGUCAUUCACAAAUCUACAUUACAAACGUCUGUGAAGCCAUGUGUCCCAAACAUUAUGGUGCCCUGAAAUGGGUGGAGGGGGACUAUGUAUAAACACAGCUAGAAUUUCUACAUGGUGAAACCAAAAUGUAUGAAAAUACCAUGGCACGGUGGCGCAGCGGUAGAGUUGCUGCCUUACAGCGAAUGCAGCGCUGGAGACCCGGACUCGAUCCCGACUACGGGUGCUGUCUGUUCAGAGUUUGUACCUUCUCCCCGUGACCAGCGUGGGUUUUCUCUGGGAUCUUCGAUUUCCUCCCACACUUCAAAGACGUGCAGGUCUGUAGGUUAAUUGGCUUGGUAAAUGUAAAAAUUGUCCCUGGUGGGUAUAGGGUAGUGUUAAUGUGCGGGGAUCGCUGGUUGGCGCGGAUCCGGUUGGCUGAAAGGGCCUGUUUCUACUCUGCACCUCUAAACUAAACUAAACCCUAUAAUAAAAUCUGACAAUGUGCACUUUAACCACAUGUGAUUUUUUUUUCUAUUACACAUCUCAAAUUGUGAAGUACAGAGGCAAAUAAAUAAAUGAUUGGUCUUCGUCACAAACACUAUGGAGGGUGCUGUAAAUGUGGUUGAAGCAAUGGCCACAAUUGUGAUCCUCCAUUUCAGUGCAGAGCAACAACUAACAUUCUUGUUACUCAGCAGAAUUGGAUUUAAGUAGCAGUUUGAAAAUAGUUUUACUAAGCUAUUCUAUUGCAUUAAAAUAAACUGUAAAUGUAGUAGGGAUCAGUUGGUUGAUUUACGAUGCAAUGCACUAAAAACACUUAAUUUCAAGAAUGUAGUAAAACUGCUUAUCAAUACUAUAUCUUCCCAUAUUUAGAUCCAAAAUUCCAGCUGUGGAAUGAUUUUUUUAAUAUCGCUGUAAACAGAAUUUUAUUUUACAAAUGUUAGACAUUUACAAAUGUGUCUACAGUAAUAAUCUGUUGAAUUGUCACUCAAUUACUUGAGAUACCUAUAGUGUAUACUAUACUAUACUGUUGUUGUAAUAAUGCGCAGUAGCAUUAUAUUGAUCCAAUGAUAUGUUAAACUUUUUUUGGUACUUUAUAAACAGCUGCCUUAUGCUGUUAUGUGCACAGGUUCUCAAACUUUACAGGGCUUAGUUCUCUUAGAGGAGACUAUUCUUUCUGCAAUGAAAUUUUCUCAGUGUGGUACAAGGAGAUCAAAUGUGUACCGUGGGAAUCUUUCAUUCACUCAUGUCACUGUGAUCUUUCUCUCUAGCAGCUCCUGUUCACUGAAUAAUUUGCAAUGUACUCCUAGGUCAUCCAUUUGGAACUGUAAAAGUAAUUGUAGAAACUUCCUGACAUAAGUAGGUUUACUGUGAGCAGAAUAUUUUUGGAUUUAAAAGAAAACACUGUUAAAUGUCCUGAUGUUGGAAGCAAUUCCUCUCAGCAGAGUCUGUGAUUGGCAACUCCCAUCUAUGAGAAGUGCCACGGUGGUGUAACAGUAUUAAAAUGCCACUAUCUCUUAGUUUUUUAAAUAAUUUCAACACAUUGUUUCAGUGCUUUCUGAGUAGGUGAAAAUGCCUAUAAUUUUAAAUUCUAAUACUUUGUUUAAAGUCAAAUAACCUUUGUUGUACGACUGCAGUGUCUCUAUCUUAUGCAUGUUACGUUCGAGAAAAUGUUUACAAAAUAUGUUUUUGUUACACUAAUGUGCAUCACACCUAUUUAUGUUUUUUUUUCUGAAAUGAUCUGAUUUAGUUUUUAGUUUUAUAUUACGAGUACACUUGAUGUUGAUAACCCUGAACUCUGCUGAUAACCAAGAAACUGAUAUAAAAAUAAAAUGAGGUAUACUGUGUCUAACUGCAAAGCAGAUUGGGAAAUACAGUUACAAGUAAACCUCUUCAAACACCCUUCUGCAAUGUGGUCUAACUUAUGUCCUUUGUGUAUUAUGAGAAUUCCUGUAUUUUCCCUGAAGUUCAUCUUUUCUUGAAUAAAAUCAACUUAAUGCACAUUGUGCAUAACACA